AAAAUGCAAUACAAAACCGAAACUCGAGGCUCGUUUUCUUACAACAAGGUGAACAACUUGGGAGUGUUUCCAUCGGAUAAUCUGGUGAGGAUAGAGUCCAUGGCUGCAGAAAAUGCAGUGGUUAUAUUCAGCGUGAGCACUUGCUGCAUGUGCCACGCCGUCAAGGGUCUCUUCCGUGGGAUGGGAGUGAGUCCAGCCGUCCACGAGCUGGACCUUCACCCUUAUGGCGUCGAUAUCCACCGAGCUCUCAUGCGUCUCCUAGGCUAUUCCAGCGGCGCCUCCACUUCUCCAGGGGGACUUCCGGUGGUAUUCAUUGGUGGGAAGAUGGUGGGAUCAAUGGAGAGAGUGAUGGCUUCUCAUAUCAAUGGCUCACUUGUCCCUCUUCUCAAAGAUGCUGGUGCUCUCUGGCUCUGAUCCCAACCAAAGUCCACCUUCUAUGUUUUUAUCUCCUUUGUGUUUUGGUUUCUAUACUCUUUUCUGUUUAAGGAACUAAAAAAAA